AGCCACACAAUCAGCUAUUUCUCAAGGGAUCCCUAUGAUCAAAGUACUUAGUACCUUAAUAGCUGUUGGAUUGAAAAGUGGCCCACAUUUUUGUAUAUGAAGAGAAAAUGUACUUAAACCAAACCUAAAUUCAAUGGCUUGCUAUUUCCACAAAAGACAUUCCAUUCUCAGCUCCAGGCAGUCAAGAGACAAGAUCCUUCUCUCUCUCUCUCUCUAUCUUACUAUCUCUCCACUACUUCAUAAUCACCUUAUCUUACUCCAGAAGUAGAGUUGCAUCCUUAGAAUCAAAAGUGUUAGGAAAGAGAAUCUGAGAAUCUCAAUUAUGAACUCCAAUCAGAAACGCAAGACAGCAGAGAAAGUUGCAGAGUACAAGCAAGAAACAGAGAAGUUUAAGGUUGAAGAAAAAGAAAGCCAACAACCAAUUCAAGACUCAUCAUCAACUUCCCUUCUUCCUCCCUCAGCUUCUUCUUCUCCUUCACAUGAAUUCUCCUUCACAAUUUCUCUCCAUUCUUCCUCUUCUGACAAAACCAAACCCACUCCUCCUUCCUUUGCCAUUGACUUAUCUCCUGCAGAUGAUAUCUUCUUCCAUGGCCACUUGCUUCCCCUUCAUCUCCUCUCCCACCUUCCUUCUUCACCUCGCUCCUCCACCAAUUCCAUGGACAGCUUCACCAUCCCAAUCAAAGAGAUUUGGGACAAUGAAGAGCCCCUCAAAGACAGCUCAAGUUGUAGCACCAGCACCAGCAGCAUCAAGCAUCAGGAAACUGAACCAACUGAAACAGGUGGGAGAACCAAAUCCAAGCCUUUCUCAUUAUUUGGAUUUGCGAAAUGGCGAAAAGGGUGCGACAUUACCGAACAAGAUGAUAAAGCAAAGCACAAGAGGAAGCUGGGAUUUGAUGUUAGUCAGGUUCUAAAACGAUAUGCAAGAGUGGUAAGGCCAUUGUUGUUCUUCAGAUGGAGGAAAGAGAACUUACACAUUCGUCGUCAAGCUUAUUCCUUUUCGGGUAAUUUGAAUCCGCGAAACAAGCAAGAAUUGAGAGGAAGAAGAGGAGAAUUCUCAGCACCAGCAUCCAUGAGAACAUCCCCAACAAAUAGCGGCCUUCUCGUUGCAACUCCAUCUAUGACUUCUUCUACAAGUGAUAGCACCAUGGAAGAGUUGCAGUCUGCAAUUCAAGCUGCCAUUGCUCACUGUAAGAAUUCCAUUGCUAAAGAAGAUAAAACCAAUGUCAAGAGCUGAUAUUAAGAGUAUCUUAUUGGCUAGCAAAUUCGGAUUCCUGUAAAAUAUCCACACACACACACACACAGGUGUCAAUCAUUUCAACUGCUUUGCAUUGCUUCCAAAAGCUCAGAGAAAUGAAGUUGGUAUUUAAUGUAAAAAGCCCAAUGAUUAAUUGUUCUUAUACACGAUUCUUGAUUGUGAAUUAUUAUAAUUUUAAUAACCUCCUUAGCUUGCGCAUAGACUAUGCCUUUUCAUGUGUUAUUAAUACAAAGAAUUCAAUGAAUCAAAAAAUGAAGAAAAACAAUUACAAAACAGUUUUUUUUUUUCAGUCGCUUUGCUAACAAUUCUAUGAAAAAUUUCAUACAUCAAAGACAGAUAGGUUUCUCUAUUUAAUUAAACCUUAACACAACGAAUAUUUCAGAAACUCAAUUGAAAAAAGUUCAAAAUUUCCCAUAAAGUUGAGGCUAGAAAUUGGCAUUUCCAUGUCCAAACUUGUCCUAGAAUUGACAUACCACAGAACCCUUUCCCCACCUCUAUCUCUCAUCAUUAUCAUCAUCAUCAUCUUACUCUUAACAUUAUGAAUUCCAAUCACUGAGUUGCUGAUUAAAAGUGAAAGUGAAGCUUCAUAAGAACUUCACAAAAGCAAACGAAAAAGCUCAUAAGAACUUUAAUUCAGAGCCGGGCCAACCCCACGAGAAAAGAGACUGAUCUCAAGCAAAAUUGCGGGUUUGUGGAAAAAGAGCUUGAAUCAGAUUUCAGAGUAGGGACAGAAUGGAAUGGGUUAUGCAAAUGAGUCCAACAAAACCAUAGCCACAGAAUUC